UGUUAAUGGGUGAAGAGUAAAUACAGAGCAUGAUAUAAGUCCUUAAAACUGCUGCUGCCAUAACUCUAUAGCCUAAACCAAAUAAGCAAAAUGACAAACGAGUCUCUUCAUAUCAACAUAGACGAGUGGAUUAAGGAGAAUGAGGCUUCUUUCUUACCACCAGUCUGCAACAAAUUAAUGUUCUUCUAUCAACUAAAUAUCAUGUUUGUUGGUGGUCCAAACAUACGGAAGGAUUACCACAUAGAAGAAGGUGAAGAGUUGUUUUACCAGAUCCGGGGAGACAUGGUCUUAAAAGUUAUUGAGAAUGGCAAACACAAAGAUGUCCACAUCCGUGAAGGAGAGAUGUUUUUGCUGCCAGCACGAGUCCCUCACUCUCCUCAGAGGCAGGCCAAUACAGUGGGACUAGUGGUGGAGAGGAGACGACUGCACUCUGAGACAGACUGUCUCCGGUACUAUGUGGAUAACACCACUGACAUCCUGUUUGAGCGCUGGUUUUACUGUGAGAACCUGGGCACUCAGCUAGUUCCAGUUAUUCAGGAGUUUAUGGCAUCGAAGCAGCACAAGACAGGAAAACCUGACCCAGAUGAUCCAGUCAAGCCAGCACCUUUCCCUCUCAACACAAUGAAUGUGAUGACCCCAUUCUGCUUCAAAGACUGGGUGGAGAAGCAGAAGCCUGCACUGGUCAGCGGACAACCACUGAACAUGUUUGGAUCUCAGUUUGAGACUGAGGUUAUGCUGUAUGGUCCUGGAGAAUCAGAGACAUCCAAAAGGCCUACUGAUGGAUGGAUCUGGCAGCUAGAGGGAUCCUCAAAUGUCACAAUGAAUGGCCAAGACUAUAAUCUCUCUGUGGGCGACUGUCUUUUGGUACUUGAAUCAACAGAGUGUUCCUGUUCAUCCCAAAGGUGUUCAGUGAGGUUGAGAUCAGGUUUCUGUGCAGGCUACAGAAGCAAUUCAAUCUGACUGUCCCUCAUUGGGGGAAUGAACUUCCAUCCUCAAACUGGACAGCAGAAAUCUUCAUAAAAUGUUUAAAGACUCACCUCUUCCUUGAACACUUAACCCCUAACCCCUAAAAUGUACUUGGAAGCUGCUUAUGCUUGGUGUUCAUAUUUUAUACUCAUGAUCUUAACCACUCCAACUCACCCAACUUUAUUAUAGUUGUUGAAUGACAUGAUUUAAGACAAAUAACUGGUUUAACUCAUACUGUUUUUUUUUGUUUUUGUUUUUGUUUUUUUGUGUUUUUUUAACUUCUCCAUAACAAAUUUACAAUUGAAGGUAUAUUUGAAAAAGUACAACUGAAGACUCAGUUUAUUUAACAAAAAAGAAAAACUGUGUUUUUGCUCCCUAACUUUUACAUUUUGCCAUUGGUCUGCUUUCUUCCUUAAUUUUCACUCAAGACCUGUGUCUUACAGACGUAGAAACAACAAAUUUUUAGAAAUAAUGCAGACAAAAAGCAAAAAACAGACAUUUACACUUACUAUUAAUUAGCAAAUUACUUUUUAAUAGCAAAUAAAUUUGCAAAAAUAAAAUAACAAGACAAACUAGUAUGUAAGACAUUUGGAUUAGGAUUUUUAACUAACCACUACCGCAACUCCAAGCAAUUAUGACUGAUGCCCAUAUGUUUCAAUGUCAGUCAUGUUCAUUACUGUUUAAGUGACUGCCAUUAGGUUAUAAGGUUCUGUCACUUCUCUCAUUCAUUAUAUGGAGAACUGUCAGUGAUGAAGAAGUGAUGCAAAGCUUCCAGUAAAGACUCUUUAACUGAUGUUAUAAUGGCCAAACCUAUACAUUAACAUGAAUCACAUUAUUGUGCAAUGUGCCCUUCAAGAGAUUGACUACUCGUAAUACACGCUAAGUUAUGAUGACGUAGGAGAACUUUGUGAUGGUGUAAUGAAAGCCAUGGUAGAUGAUAAGUUUGCUCUGCCUGUUCUUUAUUUUUAUUAUUUGUGAUGCAAGAAAGAGUUAAAUUCUCAUGUAUCAGAGAAGUAUGUUGUCUGUGCACCUGCCAUUAAACGUGUGGAUUACAGACUAUUUGCCUUCAAGGAAAUAACAAGUUAUCUGGGUCAGAGCAUUACAAUGUGUUAAAACUUGCUGUCCAAUAAGUGUUAAUCUUUUCUCCUAUUAAACACUUUUUACUUGAACCUGCCUUAGAAGUCCUCAGAAGCACAGAGUCUCUAAGGACAGCACAAUAAGGCAAUAUGAUAUCUGAUAAUUUGGGUCACUAAAAUAUUGCAUGCCACCAAGAGUGAUGAAUAAUAUACACUUUAUAGGGCAAGCCAGGCUUCCAGUGUAUGAAGCUAUCACUUAUGGCUUACUAUCAUUUGAAAAUCAUGUCUUAACUUGAUUACAUGUCUUUAUUAUUUCCUGUAAGUGGGACCAGCUUGAAACCUCAUCCUGUGCCCUCAUUUACCGAAGAAUUCACUUAUCUCAGCAAAAACCACAAAUGCACAAUAAUCUUUCAAAGCUAAAUUUCAAAACAUUAUUGGAAAUUUAAGCCACAUGAACAAUGAUCUCUUCACUCUGAAGUGGUAAGUCAGGUGUUUCCUCUCACUGAAGGCCGACACGGAGAAAAUGAGGAACUUUUCUGUAACAGCUCUCACUGCCUCACUCUGAUUCAACAUAUAUUGCUUACACAUCUGCACUUCAUUCAAAAUACAGUCAUGCUGUUUCAGCCACUGGUCCUUAUUCUAUAUAUUUUUUCCUCCUCUCUGUAUGGAAGUAAAUUAUGGGUAUUCAUAAAAAUUUCACUGCAUGUCUUACUUUGCAUGGGACCAAUUAAAUUUGAAUCUGACAUAUUUUAUUGUAGUUCUAACAGUAAUAAAUGUUCCUUAUACAAAAAAAAAGAUUUAUUAACCAAACUAAUAAUUUUAGCAUUAAUUAGCCAUUCAAUCGUAUCUUCAGUGUAUACCUAAUGACAUGUUUCUCUGCUAGGAGGGCAGCCACCGCCCAAGGUAUAGCAUACUCCAAGGUCACGAGUCCCAUGAGAUUAUAUUUGAAAUGUGAGUAGUCCCAUGGACAUGCUUCCAACAGCCUGAGCAAGACCCCACAGCUGAACUCCCACAGGUAUAUGAACAAGAUGUAAACAGUCAGUCGGACCAGUAAGUGGAAGUGUCUCUGCUGAAGCCAUGCACUCAAGCUCUCCAUGAAGAACAUAGCCAAGCUAUAGAUAAGGAGCGACCACAAGCUGGUGUUGCCAGGAAGCCUUUGGUCAUGAGUGUAAUACCAAUUCCAGAUAGCAGUAAAUGCCACCUCACACACACAUCCAUGCAGGGCAUAGACAUAGAGGCGAGCGAGAGGAGAGAGGGGUGAGAGCAUCAGAGAGGCUUGCUCAAUAGGAUAAUCAGAGGCUCCCACAUCAACACCAGGAUCUGUUCCAGGAAGAAACAGAGGUGCAUUGUUAGUACAAAUCGAUUUACUUUCAGAAACAUUCUUUACUGAUUAAAAUUUGUUCUCUAUUAACUAGUGGACAAAUAUAUAACAUUGCUUAGUAAUGACGUUUCUGUUUUAAUCAUUUCCAUUCCUAUUGGUGAUUCACAGUUAUAGUCAGCAGUGCUUUUGCCUUUGCAUAUUUCAGAAGUUGGUAAAAAAACAAAGGUCUUCAUGUUCAUCUAAUAAUGGGGUUACCUUUUGGGCAUAUAACUCCCAUAAACGACAUAAUAAAUUUUCUGUGAAGACAGCAUCAGCCUUCACACUAGUAAAACCACAUUCCAGUAAAUGUUUUAGACUAUUUUGAAGUUUUGUUUCUUGACUUCUGUAGUUCCACUGAGUGACAAAUAUCCAUGUGUCAAGAUGAAAAAAACCCCUCUAAAAUCUAAUCAACACACUCCCUUGAAAUGUGGCUUGUUUAAAUGUAUUAUAUUAUGUUAUAAUCAUAUAUCUUAUUAGUUACCUGUUUUUUCCUACAGUUCAAAUGUUGUACAUUAUUUCAUUUCAUAUUAUUUCAUUUUAUAUUUCAUUGCACAUUGUGUUGUCUUUUUGUACUUAUUGUUUCUGCACUGUUUGCACCUAGUUGCACACUUUGCACUUUAUGUGGCUAAGACAAACUUCUGUAAUAGCUCUGUGUUGCUGUUUUUGUGUGUGUGUGUGUUUAAACUUUAUGUUGUAUGUUUAUGUAGCACCAGGUCCUAUAACUUAAUAAAAAUGACAGGCCAACGUUAUAAGGAUAUAUUUAUACAUGUUUAGAUAACGAUGGUUUUUGACACGUAUUGAAGAGAAUAUCAUCCCAUUAUAAUAUUCUUAACCCAAACAUUUUCAGUUAUUUUACUAAUUACUCUACCCGGUUACACAGUUCACUUCAACAAUUGCCACUUGACACAAAUUCAACACGAUGAGUUUAUUAUGUGUCAGUAUUCUUCCACAGGAAGAGCGUGCGAGGCUUUUGACCACUUUAAAGUGACAUGAAUUACAUUUUCAUCUGCGGGGUUACUGACAUCACUGCUUAUUUAUAAUCUCAAAAUCUAUUGGCUUGAGUGAGGAAAGAACAUUAAAAAUAAAAGAAAGAACUGCUGUAUUGUGCAUGUUUUAAUUAAAGCUAAUUAUUAAACACUUUUAUUAAGCCUAUUAACUGCCAUGUUACAUCAUUGUUUUAAUUGUGUAUGUAUUUGCCUUUUCCUUCACAGUAACUAGACAAUCAGAUGCAUCAUCCUUCUCUUGACCAGUGAGACAUGUACAGACUUGGACUUCUAUAGCUGCCAAUUUGAAAAGAUUUUCCUAACUACUUUUAGCAUGUCUUGGUGUAUCUUUAGUAGCAUCAGGGUAGUAACAUCAAAUAUAGCGACUUGUAUGCUAAAUGUCUGAAUGAAAACUAAAAUUAUUUUUAUAUUUUAAAUGAAAUAUGAAUAUAUCUAU